UCUGGGGGUGGGGAGAGAGGAGAGGGACGAGGCUCAGCAAGGAUAUUAGCAGAUGGUGUCACUACAACAACACUUUGUCAGUAUGGAGGAGACUGUGAGGAGCCUGCUACAGAACCAGGACACACUGGAGGGCCCCAGCGUGGAUCCACUGGACCUUAUGAAAGCCUACAAGAACAAACUCCUGGAGGAGAUGUGGAAACAGCAGAACAGUCUGGAGGGCCAAGCACCCCCUUUGAUAGAUAGGAGGCCCAACUCUCCAGGAUGCAGCAGUAGGGGACAUGAGGAGGACUCCCACGAGGCCAAGCCCCUUCUAGAGCGACUACGGGCCCUGGAGGUGGAGAACUCUGCCUUGAUGAUGGAGAACGACAACCAGAGGAAGCAGUAUGAACAUUGUCUGGAUGAGGUGGCUAAUCAGGUUGUUCAAGCACUCCUCACUCAAAAGGACCUAAAAGAGGAGUGUGUGAAGCUGAGGACACGCGUGUUUGACUUGGAGCAGCAGAACCGCAUACUGAACGUUCUGUUCCAGCAGCGGGUCAAAAUAUCCAGCAACCCUGUCUCCCAGGAGGUCCAACGGAAUGGGAAGGCAGGUGUUCCUGCAGUGAGGUGGCCCAGCCUGCUGAGUCUGACCUGUCCACGCAGUAGCUGCAGUGGCAGUGAGGCCUCCUUAUCCAGUGCCUGUAGUGAGUACUCCAGUGGCUCACAUACUUGGGCAGAAGGACGCAGCUCCUCCAAGCAGUCUGCAAUAAAUCGAGAGAAGAGGAUGAGUGCAACUUAUUGCUCUGUAUCAGUAGAGCAGCCAGAUCUAAGCUGGAAAGAGGGCCACAUUCUGAAGGGCCUAAAGAGGCUCCAAAUGCGCAGCCCAGCUCCCCAGGAGCCAUCUUCACUUGCCCCCACGUCACAUUUCAAGAACUGCAUGACCUCCAACGAGGGCAUAUACUCUCUAGGGGUCAAGUGUGGUCCAAUAGGGGUACUGCCCGCAUUGACAAAGGGAAAGCCUUUCAAGCCAGGAGCAGGAGUCAGUACCUUAAUCUCUGACUCAGACGAUGCAGAUGAUGAAUCGCCUCAAUCCCCAGUCAGGGAGUCCUGCUGCCCACCCAUCAAAGACACUCAUCAUCUGGAAGGACAGCCUGCGUCUGAAUUGGAAAUGGCACAAGGGGAAAAGAGCUUUACGGACUACAACUCCCAAGAGGAGCCUCCCAACGGCGACCACUACCACUGUGAGUGGACUUGA